GACGUAAAUUCACAGCCCGGAACAUCUGUAGCAGGGCUGGUUGUGUCGGGAUUAUUUUUGACGGUGCACACAAGACGGAUGAAUUUUGUGCCGGCAGGCUUUUCGCGCCGACUGGAAACGUGCGGAACGGGAAUGGCGGAUGUUUUGGAGGGUCCACGGCCGAGGAUCAAUGCGGGGAUGAUGCCCGAACUUAUGGGCAGAGCUGUGUGCCUGGUGGGCCGUGUGUUGAAGGUUCAUCCCACUGGGACCUCAUUUAUUGUUUCAGAUGGAGAUGGGAACAAUGUUACAGUGGAAAUGACUGAUCCACUUGAUGAAGAGUUGAGUGGAGUAAUCGAAGUGGUUGGAAGAGUCACACAGAAAGCCACUAUUAAAGCUGCAUAUUACACUCCUUUCAGAGAAGAUCAGAACAGUUUUGAUCUUGGUCUCUACAAUGAAGCACUGUGCAUUUUGCAUGAAUUCUCACAGUAUUAUCCUUUUGGGGUUUCUGGCAACAUAUGAUUCUUCAGUAUUCCACUGUGAUUAAUUCAUCAUUACUGGACUUCAAUUUCAGAGUUUUUUUAAACUUAAAUGAAAAGCUGUAAUGUAAAAGUUAAUUAAAGUGCUGUAAAGUUGCUUGUUUCUUUAUUUGUAUUUCUUGAUUUAUUAAUUCUGUAUUUCAGACUAUAGGUAUACUGCCUUCACAUUUACAUUGUGGAAUAAAAGCUUCAUUCAUUCUAGUGA